CAAUCUCUCUCUUGUCCUAUAUCUACUUUGCACACUUUAAUGGUUUUUCGUUGAUUUUGUAGUUCGUUUAUCUCUAUUUCACAAGUGCGUUUAUAUAUAACAUAGACAAUAGCGUCAGCACAAAAGCUUCUUUAUUACCUUCUACCUUAUAAUUAAGGUAUUUUCCUUAAUUCCCUGGAAUUCCCUAAGUACGGAUCUGCGCCUGAAGUCAAACAGAAGAGUUUAAACUUUGUUUUUGAAGCUGUAGAAUGUGACCAGGAACAGGAAUUGACGUAAGUAGAAUAAACAUGAAUUUACCGUUUUGCAUAAAACAAAACUAACUUGAGACAUACUGAUGUCUAUAGAAGCAAACUUCUAGCAUAUACACUUUGUAUCAGUCUGUAUGAGAUGUCAUGAAAAUGGUCGACAUGCAGGACAAAGAAAACAUCCGUGAUAAGUGAAUGAAUCUGGAUUGCCGUCACAAAGUCGAGCUGCCACUUGUCUCCAUGGAUGCGGCCAGAGCUUUUGCCCAAAAUCCAGCCAAAAUACUUUUCCCGUUGUGCCCUUGUUAAAAGACUGAGCAAAUUUGUGUUUGUACAAUAGAGCUACAGAGUGUGGAAUAGCUAUUCACCAUGUGGAAUCGCACCUGGCUCUGGCUGGGGGUGUGUGUGGUGCUACUGGACACAUGCCUGACACAUAGCUUGUUCACUUGUGAACCGGUACAGGUGCAGUGGUGUCACAACAUGCCAUAUAACAUGACCUUCUUCCCUAACAUGCUCGAACACUAUGACCAGGACAUUGCUGCCAGCAAGAUGAAGCACUUCAUGCCACUGGUUAGUCUACACUGCUCGCCAAAUGUGCAUUUGUUCCUGUGCCAGGCGUUUGUUCCAGAAUGUACACAGCAAACACAAGUGCGUCGGCCCUGUAGAGAGCACUGUGUGCGUGUCUUUUCUGACUGUGCACAAAAUAUGCACACCUUUGGCAUCACUUGGCCACUUGAGCUAUCGUGUGACAGGUUAAAGCCCUGUCACAUCUCUGCAGAUGAAUCUACUGAUUUGCCUGCAAAAAACUUAACAUUAUCAGCCAGUAAAGUACCAGCCAGUAGAGAUUUGGGCUUCUGGUGUCCCUUACAGCUGAAGACCCGUCCUGGUCAGUCUUCCUCCUUCCUGGGUGCUCAGGACUGUGCUCCUCCAUGUGACAACAUGUACCUCAAAUCACAUGAGAUUGAGCUGGCCAAGAUGUUUAUCGGCAUCUGCUCAAUUGUUUGCUUGUGUGCCACACUAUUUACUUUCUUCACUUUCCUCAUUAAUGUCAAGCGUUUCCGGUACCCAGAGCGGCCAAUCGUCUUCUAUGCUAUAUGCUACAGCUUUGUGUCUCUCAUCUACUUUAUCGGAUUCCUGCUGGGUAAUGAGGCAGCAUGUAACAAGCCCACCAUGCCCGGCACUGUAUCCACAGUGGUGCUGGGGAGCCAGAGCAAAGUCUGUACACUGCUCUUCAUGAUGCUCUACUUUUUCUUCACUGCUGGAAUGGUCUGGUGGGUUAUUCUCACAAUCACCUGGUAUCUUGCAGCAAGGCCCAAAUGGAGCUGUGAGGCCAUUGAGAAGAAGGCUGUGUGGUUCCAUGCAGUGGCCUGGGGCCUCCCGGGCAGCCUUACUGUCAUUCUACUGGCCCUUAAUAAGGUGGAGGGGGAUGGCAUCAGUGGUGUGUGUUUUGUUGGCCUAUAUGACCUGACAGCCCUGAGAUGGUUUGUGCUGGCUCCGCAGGCUCUCGGUGUGAUAGCUGGACUCUCACUCCUCCUCGCCGGCAUUGUUUCACUUAACCAUGUGCGACAAGUGAUACAGCAUGAUGAGCGCAACCAGGAGAAGCUGAAGAAGUUCAUGAUACGUAUAGGUGUGUUCAGCGGCCUGUACCUACUUCCUCUGCUCACUUUGCUGGCCUGCUAUGUGUAUGAGCAGGCCCUUCGGAACAGCUGGGAAAACACCUGGAUUAAUGAACACUGUCAGGAGUAUAGCAUCCCCUGCCCCUACAGAAGGAUUGAAGCUGCUCGACCAGAACUAGCUCUGUUCCUGAUUAAAUACCUGAUGACACUUGUAGUGGGGAUCUCGGCUGUUUUCUGGGUUAGCAGUAAGAAAACCUGGUCAGAGUGGGUCUACUUUUUCAGCAGAACACGCAAGGAAGACCCUGUCAGUGAAAGUUGGCGUGUCUUGCAGGAGUCUUGUGAAUUCUUCUUGAAGCACAACAGCCGUGUACAGCAUAAGAAAAAACACUGCAAGUCCAGCUCACACAAGCUGAAGGUCAUCUCAAAGUCCAUGGGCACCAAUACCAGUGCUCAAACAACCAACACCCCUAACCAUGACUUAGCUUUCGCGACUAGCAACUACUACAAGGGCACAGCUGCUUCAGGGACUGACAUGCAGGGUUCAUCUAAAUCCUCUGUACGGGAGCAGGCGGCAUCUGGAAAGAUGUCUAGCCAGAGCAUCAAGGAGCAAAAGAGCAGCAAAUCUGGCAGUUCCAUCAGAGUUAGUGGCACUGGGGAGCCUCCGCAGAUCCUCUAAAUUAUUGAUGUGUUUAAACAGCAGGGGUGUCAAACACACAGCCUAAAAUAAAGUGAUUGUCUGAGCCUUUGUAAAACUGAAUUUCGUAUCAUUGUACCUGGUUUAAACCAAUAAAAUUGACAUACUAGAUUGCUUGCUAGAUAGACAUCAUUCCCCUUGGUUAAGCUUAUCCUAAAAGGUCUUUUUUUGCUAAUAUUAUUAAUUAUUUAUUACAUGACAAUGGAUUUAUAUAUUGUAUAAUAUAAUUGUUUUUGCAAUUUUAUGAAAACCACACCUUAAAUUUAUUUAUCAUGGAUAAGAGGGUUUUACUCUGUUUCAUGUUGUUCCUAGGAACAUACAAUCACUGAUAUGGGAUUACUCUUAUGGAUUAUACUUAAUAAGCACAAGCUCUUAUAGAUGUUGAUGGACUAAGUGUAAUGUGGCCUGAUGAGUUUGACAUCCCUGCUUUAUAGCAUAAAUCCGGUC